GAUGGGGCGCGGGCAGCGGGCAGGGGCUGCCGGUGGCGGGCGGCGGGAUGGCGCACCCCAGCGAGGCCUCGGCGCACACGGCGGCCGCCGGUGCGGCCAUGGACAGUAACGUCCUGGCCAUCGUCAUUGCCGCGACGGUAUCCACCUCCGUCUUCAUCGUGGCAAUCCUCAUCCUACUGCUGCUCCUGUACCACCGGGACCCCAUGUGCUGCCAAUUCCUCUGCUCCUGCCGCUUCUUCCAGACCCCCAGCCAGUAUGACUGUCCCCCGCCCUACUUCAGCAGCAGCCAGCGGCUGGUGGGUCCCCAGUGCGGAGCGUCACGGCUGGAGAGUGCUGCCGAGAACCCUGGCAUGCAGGGAGACGAGCUAUUCUGCGUCGGACCCCCCAGCAGCUACCAGCUCUCUUCCUGGGAGCAGCCCCGCUUGCCAAGCUACGAAAGCGUGCGGAAGAAAGAUCGCCAGCGGGAAAUCCAUCAGAUGAUUGCCGAGAGGUUUGGGCUGUGGGCAGAGCCUUCCCAGGAGAUGCCGCCUCCCUACGAGCAUGCUCUGAGGCAUCCCCCAGCUUUCUCAGGAACAGUAAUAAGCUCAGAGACCUUGGACAGACGUGGUGUGCCAGACCCUUUCCAGGCCCCUCUCAGCUACCAAACUCAGCGAAACACAGCCGUGGAACGGCCAAACAUCAGACCUUCACCCAGAUUCGCAAUCAGCAGAGACACAGGGAAGUCAGAACCCAGCCAGCAGUGAUGUCCCUCCUGCAGCACAGGGACAACCACAGAGCCACCGCCAGAGUGCCCUUGGCCACCUCCCACUGAAAUGCUCAACAACUGACACCCGUACCAGGGGAGAAGCUGUGAAGAACCCAAUGAAAUGCAAGGAAGACUCAGCAGAUACUCAGACCUACCUUCUACUUUUUUGAAUCCGUAGCGCUUCCCAGGGCUGCGGCCACCUAGAUUUUUUGAGCUGCCUCCAGUUUUCUUAGAAGCACAUCUGAUGGCAACCAGGCUUGUUUGGGGAGUAGUUAGAACUAGGUUGGGAGCAAGAACAACAACAUCAGCUGAAAAAAACUAAUACACGCACUUUCUUUUUUCAGAUUUAAAGGAUGUCAGUUAAUGCAGGCUUUAAAACUAAAGACAAAAGCAAGCUCUGAGGGAAAAAACCUACUUCAAAGAUAAAUCAUAAUUAGACCACCACGGCCUAAGUCCGUCCCCUGCAGAGAGGCCACAUCUCAAGUGCUGCUGCUGCCCAGCGAGGAAUAAAACCCUUGGCAACAAUGUUAAAGGACAUACACAAAUUCCUGUUUCAGCAAGGCCUUGUAAAAUGUGGUACAGACAUUACCGGUUGCUGUGGAUUGGCCUUAUAUUGCUUUGAAAAAAGACAAGGUGUGAUCUGUUUCGGUUUCCCCUUCGAUCGAAUAGCAUUUACUUACACAGUAAUAUAUUGAAAUCCUACAAAUAAGAAGACUCCAAUUCAGGACAAUAUAUAAGCAUAUAUAGAAUUGCUAUCCUGAACAUGCUAAUUGAAGCAUUUUGUGCAAAUCCUUGAGUUAUAAUCAGGACAAGUCAAGGGAAAAAGAAAAUAAAAUCAGUUGUUACAGACACUGA